GUGAGCGCAGGAACUAGUCCAGUUACACCUGUGAAGAUCGCGUGGUACCAAAAAUUACUUGAGUAAUAAGGAUGGCUUCAAAGGACAUCGCAGGAUCUGGUCAGGGGACGGGUGCAUCAAGUGGUGACCAUACAGACGUUACAGCUAGAGAGCUGUUCAACAGCAUAAAGGGACUGGAUUUGAAUAGCUACGCCACGCGGAAAUCGAUCGCACAGGGCAUGCUGGAUCUCGCGCUCCUGACCGCUAAUGCAUCGCAGCUGAAGUACAUCUUAACCGUUGGCACGGCGCACGAGUUCUACCACCUACUGCUGACGCUUAUCAUCAUUUCGAUUUCACUGCAGGUAACGGUCGCGUGGUUGUUCCAAGCCUUGCUGAUUGUUGUGCUUGCCGUUGUGUUCGAUGUGAACAAGGUAGAGGAGCAGAAACGGUCCGACUAUCUCAAUAACAUUCUGACCGGCAUAACGGUGAUAAGUGUCGUCGUGAAUGUCAUCAUCAGUGCAUUCGAUAUGAAAUCUCAGAGCGAUGUGCUGAAGCAAAGUUGAACAAGUGAUUGGGCGACAGGGACGUAGCCGUUCUUUGUUUUUCAUUGAGUAGAUAAGUGUUGCGAUGGUCCAGUUAAUUCAGAUACAUAAACAAUAUUCAGGUUCGCUUAUCGCAUAGAUAAUAAAAUGAUUAAGGGUCACACAUUAG